AUGAACCCUUCGAAGAAACUCAAGACCAAUGCUGGCCCUUCCACCCAGGUGCCAUCUGCUACGGGCACUACUGUAGUACCAGAUACAUCUGCAUCUGGUGAUCAACUGGGGCCGACUUCAGAUCGACCAUCCAAUUCGACAGCGCCCCAGCUGCAUCCUGUUCGCGAAACGAACUCGCCAUACGCUGGACCACACUAUCCUGAUUGCGAUGCAGAGGCCAAAGGCGCUUCCGAAUGCGGCUGCACUGCGAGGCUGAAGAGCCAACUAGAGAAGAAAGAUUCAUCCAUCGCGAUCGCCAUGAGCCACGGCGUCAAGCGACCAGCUCCCGAGAGCGUCGGCUCCGAUACAGCUUCUGCUCCCGAGAGCGUCGGCACCGACACAACUUCUGCUCCCGAGAGCGUCGCCACCGACAGAGCUCCUGCUCCAGAGAGCGUCGACACCAAUACAGCACCGACCUCGCUUCCCUCGACCCGACAAGAUACCAACAAUACCAACCUGUUCCACAACGGUACUCCUGUAUCCGAACUCAAACAUUCUGGACCGAGUGGAGCUGGCCAAACACCGAAGCAUUGGGUGCUAUGGGUAGCUCGGCGGAAAGGCAUCAUGUUUGGCUGCUACUGGGACAUGGAGCAGUUUACCAGGCUCUUCUCCAAAGCGAGGUACAGAAGUUUCCCUGACGAGGCGGCGGCUCAAAAGUUCUUUCAGCAAGUGAUUCCUAAGACACCCAUACCCCCGACCAGACACGUCGCUCCUGGUGAAGAGAUCAUCUCGGACGAGGAGUUUCUCGCCACAAGCACACUGCAUCAAGAUGGGAAUGUACAGAGCUCUGCGGCCUCUGCCGCAGUUCACGCCCCCACGGCCCCCUCUGUACCCCAAAGCACCGCCGCUCCUACCUCUACAACUUCCACAACCCCUCCCACUGGAGCUCCGACUACUCCAGCUCCAGUUGCCAGCGCACCAACUGUCGACGCUCCAACUGCCAAUGCUCCAACAACUUCGGCACCGGCUACCGCUACUACCAGCAGUGUACCUGCUACGGCUCCAACUGCUACGGCUCCGACGGCUCCAGCUUCUGUCACCAGUACUCCGACCGCUACGGCCCCUCAUGUACCCGACCAGCAUGUUCAUGCACCCGCUGAACCUUCCAACGAUCCUCCUGUCGGCCAACUAGUGAACAACCUACAGCAGUCCAUUCGGAAGCCGCUGUCGUCCGAGGCCAAACAGCAAGUAUUAGAACAGAUCGCGGCAGUUCUAGCAUAA